CAACAACUCUAACAUCAUCUAAUAUCAAAUUAUACGCUACUACUAAUACUGUAAAUACCGACGAUACAUGCAAGUACCAUACCAAGUCCGACAAGCAGAACCCACAUAUUAUCUCUCCAACCAUGUCUAGUGAUUCGCAGCCAACUAGGGCGAUCCUCGUUACUGGUGCAACCGGCAAACAAGGUGGCGCCGUGAUUGAUGCACUUCUAGAGUCAGAAACCGGGAGCACCUACAAAAUCGUAGCCGUUACUCGCAAUACUGCUUCUUCUAAAGCCAAAAGCUUAGCAUCUCGUGGGGUCAUUGUCAUUCAGGGCGAUCUCAACGACGUUCCCGCUAUCUUUUCCGACGCCAAAGCAGCCUUGAGCUCCUCUACUACCGAGCUUUGGGGCGUGUUCAGUGUACAAACGGCCAUUGGCAAAGGAGCAUCGGCAGAGCUCGAAGAAGCCCAAGGCAAGGCGCUAGUCGAUGCAGCUCUAUCCAACAAUGUCAAGUUCUUCACAUAUAGCUCCAUCGACCGAGGCGGAGACGGCUCAUACGACAACUAUGUCCCUAGUGUAACUCACUUCGUCAGCAAAUAUCGCAUCGAACAUCACCUAGUUGAGAAAGCGCGCGGCAAGAUGGAUUGGACCAUUCUUCGACCUGUUGCAUUUAUGGAAAACAUGGAGCCGGGAAUGGGCAUCAAGAUCAUGGCUACAUCGUGGCGCGUCGCGGUCAAGGACAAGCCUCUCCAGCUGGUUUCUGUCAAGGAUGUAGGACGAGCCGCUGCGAAGGCAUUCCUUCAUCCACAAGAAUUCGCCGGCAGGCAGAUUCCUUUGGCUGGCGACGAGCUCACGCUAGAAGCUGCCAGUGCCAUUUUUAAGUCUAGGAAGGGAACGGAGAUCCCAGAGACGUUCCAGUUUCUGGUCAAAUUCCUGCAUUGGAUGAUCCCCGAGUUUGGUGCCAUGUACAGGUGGUUCUACACUGAUGGUUUUGGGGUCGACGUUGCAGCUGUGAAGCGAGAGAACUCUGGGAUGCUGGACUUUGGUUCUUGGGUGGAAAAAGAAUACGAUCAGGAUGGAAAGCGAGUCUAGUUUAGAGCUGGGGAGGGGUUCCCUCAAGUGAGAUGGUCGAGCAAAGAAUGAAAAAGGAGAUUCUCUUUCAUAAAGUAAUAAGCAUCAUGAUUGUUCUGGGUGGACAUUCAUCAGAUUAUAUAUCAGGAUACGCAUGGUUUGAUUGAUAGAGUGGAU